GCAGCAGUAACGAUCUUGAUUUCAUCGCUAUGUCACUUUGCCUGCUUCCAUCGCUAUCGUUGGACCCAUUCGGCAUCUGAAGGAAACGGAUGUUCCUCGACAGCUUUUUUGACGAUUUUGAUCGCAUGGAGCAAGCUUGAGGCCAUCAAAAGCAGCAUUGCUUAGAAAGGAUGGCUAAGAUAGUAAAUGACGACUCCAAGCUAUCGAUUUCCUUAAAUGUGAAGCAGUUCAAGCCGGAGGAACUGUCAGUAAAUCUGGAUGGAAGAACACUCAAGAUUGAAGGCAAGCAGGAGAUCAAGGAAGAGAAUGCCUACACCGUGAGAACGUUUGUUCGACAAUGGAGGCUCCCUAAAAAAGUCGAUGUGGAACAGCUGAAAUCCACCCUCACCGAAGAUGGCCACCUUGCAGUUGAUGCACCAAAAAUAUCGAAAAAGACAUCUACCCCAAGGAGCAUCGAGAUUCAAAAGACAGCUCCACCUAAGGAAAAUGAAAAGUUGAACGAACACUAAUUCUCCACAUCUUGGGACUAAUAAGCUACAUGAUCU